AGGACAGCAACCAGGGUUUUAUCGACCGUGUGAGAUGAACUAGCUACAUAACGGAUUUCUGGUGUAUUUCAUUUAUUUAUUUUUAUUUCUUCGUCUUUCUAAAUCGCAAUGGCCGAAGCCCGGCGUGAAGUGGAAGAGGGGCAGCGCAGAGAUCUGCGGGACGUCCGGAACAGACCCCGGGCAACAGAUCCUGAAAGAACCAAGCCAGAUCAUUUACAUUCUAGCCAAGGACCUCUGUCUUCUAUACGAGCUGCUAUAAAACGAACAAGAACAAACGCACAGAGUGACCAUACCAGAGACAGAAGGCGACCAGAGAUUACCAUUGUCUCAGCAGAACCUUUGGCUGGGAACAACUGGAUCUCAGGAACCUCUGUGGUUUUACCUCGGCCUCCUCAGUCAGGCUGGUCUGCAGACACCCAGACUGUUUCCCAGCCCCCACCAUCCUAUGACCAGGUGAUUCAAGAAAAGAGCCAGGAAGAGCACAUUGUCAAGCCCACUGCAGCCCCCCGUCGGAGCACCUGCACCACCACAAGUGCCACACAGACUGACCCUGUGAGGGAAGACACCUCACAGACUGCUCUAGAUUCAGCAGAGAAAAGACCUGCUGGUAAAAAGCCACAGAAACCACAAAGGCCAUCAUUGCCGAAAGCAGUGGACAGAAAACCGGCCACUGAAACAGUUGCACCCUCCGACAAGAAUGCUGAAAUAAAUACUUCAGUACCCACAAACACUGAGGACCAAAGGGACUCUAAGUCAGAUGUAAAGCAACCCAACCAAGCAGAUUCCACUCACACAUUCACCAGAUCUGUCACUGUACACUGGGACGUUCCUACAAAACCUCUUUCUGCCACUGCUGAUGAAACUACUCCAUCUUCUUCCGACUCAAAACUCAGUCAACGUCCUGUUCCACUUCCUCGUACAAAGUCUCGAAAGCAGGCAACUACAGAAGAGGACAAAGUUCAGACUUUAGUCAAGCUCAGUGAAAGUCGGGACAGCAUUCAAUCUGAUCCUGAAGAGGUUUCCUCAAACAAGUAUUUAAAGGAGUUAUUGGAGGUCUUUAGUGUAGAUAACGAUUGUGAGGAGGACGGUAACAUUGUUAACCAAUCAGACGAGGCCUUACAAGGUGAAGAUGCUGAAGAGAUGAACACCAACCAGAGUCAACGCAAUUUCCAGGCCAGAAUCCAGGCCUUUGAGAGCCAGGCUAGAGCCGAGGAGGGAAAUGUGGUUGAACCACCUAAACCAGAACUUCGACCCAGGAAGUCGUUCAUUAAACCUCCAGUUGCUGCUAAACCUUCUGUAGCUCUUAAACCUCAGUUUAAGCAAGGUAUAGAUGACGAUCAAAAUGUGUCAUCCACAAACCUCCCCCAAAACCCUACACCGGGCCCUAGACCUCAGCCCCCUAAGAAACCUGUAGGAUCUAUAAAAGAGGAACUACAAACUUUACUCAACAAGGCACCCAUCCCAAACAGAUCACGUCCUUCGGUACUGACCAGAGACAACAACGUCUAUGAUGAUGUAACGUCACCAGUUCCUUCUACAGUUUCAGUGAAUCCUUUUAUGAAACCUUUGACACCCAACCUUAAUAUAAACAACCACAACCCAGCCUCCAUGUUCGGAGACAACAGUACCUAUGAGGAGGUGACGUCACCAGUUCCUCCUACACCUCCAGUGAAGCCUUUUAAGGAACCUCUGAAGCCCAACCGUAAUAUAAACAACCACAACCCAGCUUCCAUGUUCGGAGACAACAGCUCCUAUGAGGAGGUGACGUCACCAGUUCCUCCUACACCUCCAAUUAAUCCUUUUAAGCAACCUCUGAAACCCAACCUUAAUAUAAACAACAACAACCCAGCCUCCAUGUUCAGAGACAACAACUUCUAUGAUGAGGUAUCGUCAAAAGUUCCUCCUACACCUCCAGUGAAGCCUUUUAAAGAACCUCUGAAGCCCAACCUUAAUAUAAACAACCACAACUCGGCCUCCAUGUUCGGAGACAAUGCAUGGGACAGUCCAUCAAAUUAUUUCCCGGUCAAGCCUCAGUGUAAUGUAGACAGCAAUGAAGGCUCUUUCACCCGACAAAGUGUAACACGAAGACCAACCACCAUCAGGGUCCCUAGCAAAACUGGUUCAUUCUCAGACAAUUUUCAGGACAGUGUCCCUCCUCUCCCUGUUCAGAAGGCUGUAGGCUACCUACAAAGCUCAACGCCCACCCAAUCCUUCCAGGAGUCUCACCAAUAUGUGCCAGAGCCAUCACUACCACCUAGGAGGCUGAGUACAAGCAAACCCCUCCCACCUCGCCCACCUCCAGCCAAAACAGGCCCAGGAAGACCUCCCCCAUUCAGCCCUCAGGCCACAGGUCGAUCCCAAUCGUCAUCAUGGGAAGCUUCACCAAAACCCCAGCAACAGAAGCCCCAAAGGAAAGGACCCGUCUUACCUCCAAGGCCCAACCCUGGCCACCGUCUCUAUAACAGUUACACUCUUCAAGUUCCUCAUGGGAUUGCUAGCUUUGACUACUUUGGGAGUCAUACAGGAGAACUGUCAUUUCAGAAAAAUGAAGUCCUGCUGCUGCUAGAGGAGAUUGACCACAAUACGUUCGAGUGCCAAGUUGGAGACACCAGAGGCAGAGUCCACAAUUCCCGCAUGAAGAUUAUUACCCCUCUUGCCUCCGUCUCACACAUGUCCCCACCACAGGAUGCUGGUCCAGCUGAUUCAGGUGGAGCUGGUUAUGGGCUUAAGGUGAAGGCCUUACAUGACUUCAUCCCAGAGGGUCAGGGAGAGCUGGCCCUAAGAGCAGGAGAUGUUGUAACAAUGGUGGAGCAGGUGGACAGUGAGUGGUACAAAGGCUCUUGUAGGGGAUCUACUGGUUUCUUUCCCAUCAAUUACGUCAAAGUCCUGUCAAAUUCACCAAAACCCCUCCCUGAGCGCAAAGUGCCACCACCUGCAAAAGUCAGUGGUCCAAGAUGCAUGGCGAGGUUUGACUUCGAGGGGGAGCACAUUGAUGAGCUGUCGUUCUCUGAGGGGGAUGUAAUCCAGCUGAAGGAGUACAUUGGACAGGACUGGGCUCGGGGACAGAUUGGCGUCUUUACUGGUAUCUUUCCUCUUAACUUUGUGGAGGUCAUUGAAGAUCUGCCUCCACCUCCAAGUCAGCAGCAACAGUCCAACAGGAUAGCACUGCCUGGCAUGGCUGCUUCUCGGAAUACACACUCUGAAGUUGCUAAACCUGCUCAGGCGUCUCAGUCCUGUGUGGAGUGGGGGGUGGCUCUGUAUGACUUUGCCGGGAAUUCAGACAACGACCUGUCCUUUCAACAGGGCGACUCUAUCCUGAUUACUGAGCAUAUUGACGAUGAGUGGAGCUGCGGCCAACUCAACGGCAGGGAGGGAAUGUUCCCCAGGGCUUACGUUGAGACCAGCACAGGCCAGCAGUCAUCUGAUAAACAGCAGAACGUGUAUGGUGGUGGUAGAGCCAGGGCUCGGUUUGACUUCGAGUCAGAUUGUGAUGAGGAGCUCUCUCUGAAGGUUGGCGAUAUUAUAACCAAUCUGGAGUCCAUCGAUGAAGAAUGGUUCCUGGGUGACUUGAGAGGGAAACGGGCCCUGGUCCCUAAAAACUAUGUGGAAGUACUGGAAUAGCACCACGCAGCUUUCAGUGCAAUAUGGGACACUGUUGGAGGACUCGAACAGAAAUGACAUCUUACGACAGAUGUUUUCAGCAGUGGAAGUCUGAAGUGAACUCUGGAAUGCAGUAUUUCCUGUUCUAGUGCAACUUUUAAGUAUUGGCUGAGUUAUGUUAUAAAUAAACGUUAAAAGUAAAGCUGG